GUUUGUUUUCGCUUUUGUAAAAUCUGAGCGUUAUGAUUUGUCCCCCUUUCCCUUCCUAAUGAAAUGACAAAGGGUCUGUGCAGCGGGGGCUGGGCUGCUGGGUUUGGGGGCGAGGCGCCACACCCCCUGAGAAUAAAGCCCGCGCUGCGCUCUCGGAGAACCAGGCACGAGUGAGCGAACCACACAAAGAAUAUAUUUCGCGACGAAACAGCGCCCUACAGGAAGAAAGUGCCCGCACUCCGAGCGUGAGCCGCAGCGCGACUUUUUGGCGCUCUUUGGGAGCAGUGAGAGAGAGGCGGAGGCCAGAGAGUUCGGGGUGGGCGCGGGAGCCGGGGCGGCCCUUGGCCGCAUUCCCGCCCGUCCCGCAGCGGCGCGCGGAGCCAGGUUCUGAAAAGUGCCUUUUCUGAAAACUCUGCUGCUUGGAUUCUACUCUAGAGCUGUCUCUUUAUAAACCCCUCUCCCUACCAUACCGUUCCCUGCCCUCUCCACCUCCCCGCCGAACCUGGUGUGCUUGUAGUUUACUGUCAGCAGCUGGUCCAUUUCUUUUUUCUGUGAUUCUCAAUUUUCUUAGUCAUUUUCCCUCCACUUGAUUUUGCAACGAAACUUUUUUUGGGUUCUAACAUCCUUCCCAAUCUUAUUAUUUAAAGCUAAUAAAUAGGGAGAAAAACUUUUCUCCCCCUGAUCUGAGACCAUUCCACAAAUCGAAGGGCAGCCAGCAGCAUAUGUUUUUUGCAAGAAUAAUUGAAAACAUCAACUGCAGAGCCCAGAAUUCUUUUGAAAGUCUGCCGGUUAUUUAACAUAAAUUCGGCAAAGGAACAAAAUAAAGCAUUCAUUAUCUUAACAGUUGGCUUCUUAGGAGUUGGUCUCUAAUUUCAUUUUUAGUUAUUCUGAUAGUUUUUAUGAUUGGCUUUUUGUUUGACUAGACCAGAUUUGACUUUAAUGAAAACCUAAGUGUUAACAAAUAGACAUUUCACCAAAGCAACCUGUUAUCUCUUCGCACUUAGUUUGAAUUCAUUUUUAAUCCUUUAAUAGUCCACAGUAAUAUUGUCCUAAAGAGGGUACAUUGGAUUUUAAUUUUGCUUUCAAUAUGACGGCUGUCAAUGUUGCCCUGAUUCGUGAUACCAAGUGGCUGACUUUAGAAGUCUGUAGAGAAUUUCAGAGAGGAACUUGCUCUCGAGCUGAUGCAGAUUGCAAGUUUGCCCAUCCACCAAGAGUUUGCCAUGUGGAAAAUGGUCGUGUGGUGGCCUGUUUUGAUUCUCUAAAGGGUCGGUGUACUCGAGAGAACUGCAAGUACCUUCACCCUCCUCCACACUUAAAAACGCAGCUGGAGAUUAAUGGGCGGAACAAUCUGAUUCAACAGAAGACUGCCGCAGCCAUGUUCGCCCAGCAGAUGCAGCUUAUGCUCCAAAACGCUCAAAUGUCAUCACUUGGUUCUUUUCCUAUGACUCCAUCACUUCCAGCUAAUCCUCCCAUGGCUUUCAAUCCUUACAUACCACAUCCUGGGAUGGGUCUCGUUCCUGCAGAACUUGUACCAAAUACACCUGUUCUGAUUCCUGGAAACCCACCUCUUGCAAUGCCAGGAGCUGUUGGCCCAAAACUGAUGCGUUCAGAUAAACUGGAGGUUUGCCGAGAAUUUCAGCGUGGAAAUUGUACCCGUGGGGAGAAUGAUUGCCGCUAUGCUCACCCUACUGAUGCUUCCAUGAUUGAAGCGAGUGAUAAUACUGUGACAAUCUGCAUGGAUUACAUCAAAGGUCGAUGCUCGCGGGAGAAAUGCAAGUACUUUCAUCCUCCUGCACACUUGCAAGCCAGACUCAAGGCAGCUCAUCACCAGAUGAACCAUUCAGCUGCCUCUGCCAUGGCCCUGCAGCCUGGUACACUGCAACUGAUACCAAAGAGAUCAGCACUGGAAAAGCCCAAUGGUGCCACCCCGGUCUUUAAUCCCACUGUUUUCCACUGCCAACAGGCUCUGACUAACCUGCAGCUCCCACAGCCGGCAUUUAUCCCUGCAGGGCCAAUACUGUGCAUGGCACCCGCUUCAAAUAUUGUACCCAUGAUGCACGGUGCUACACCUACCACUGUGUCUGCAGCAACAACACCUGCCACCAGCGUUCCGUUCGCUGCACCAACUACAGGCAAUCAGCUGAAAUUCUGAACAGCAGAGUUAUGGAGUAUCAGAAUCUUUCCAUGGAAACCUCCAUAUGGCCUUUCUAUAUAUAUUCUCGUAUGUCUUAUUCUACCAACACAACAAUAAGCGUGUUGCAGUCAAUGUAUUAAGCAAAGCAAACCUGCCAGCCAGCAAAUUCAAAUAAAAAAUAAAGCAUUAAAAAUCAAUGGAGAUGUUAAAACAACACAAAUAGAAAACUAGUAACUACCAACCAUCCAUCCUAUUUGAAUUAUCAAGCAGAACAUGACCAUAAAAUUUGGUAACUUGUUACAUUACUCUUUGUGAUUUUCUAAUAACCAUGCUAAGUGUAUUUCCACAGUGAGCUUUUGGCUUACUAUAUACAUUCUUGGUGGAUAAAUUGUUCAUCUGUUUUUGAAGUGUUACCUUACUAUUUUGUUUACAAGAUAGUCUAUUGGGUUGAUUCAGGAUGUAACAAAUAUAUUCAGUACCAUUUCUUGUGUUGUAUUGUGUUGUGCUGUGUUAGGUUUUUACAUACUGUAGUGUUUUGCUGUAUAUGUGUGGUGUUUGAUUUCAACUAAAGUGUUAUUAGUGGGGAACAGAAGUAUAUGUGCUUAAGAACAUGACAGGUUCAUGCAAAUAUGCUCUCUUUAGAAUAUUUCUGUAGGUUUCUUGGGACUGACAUUUAAAACGCCUCACUUUUGAAUGUGCACAAAACCUGCUCAUUAACAUGCAUGUGUAUAAUUUGUACCUGCAGAUCUGAUGUUGCAUAAUACAAUCAAAUUACUAGAUUUUUUAAAGAGAGAAAUAAUUACCUGCACAAAGCAGAGAACUUCAUAAAACAUUAUCCCCUAAUUCACUCUUCUUAAAUAGCUUGGCAAAUAAGACUUUACCUUUAAAUGAAUUUCUCAGCAUUUAUACUAAAAAUUAUGUAAAGUGCUCAUUAGAUUUUUUGUGUGUGUGGCUUGAGAAUCCCAUCUCCUAAGUUGAGUGUCUAAAACUGAGCCAUUUGUCAUCUUCAGCUGAGAAACUGGUACUUGGGAGCUUAAAAAUAUGCUAAUUACAAGUUAUAAAUCAAACGGAGAGAUGGGGGCAUGGAGAUAGUUUUUACGUACUGGAGGAAAGUGUGUAAAACCAUGGCAAUGUCACCUUUUACACAAAUGCCAUUUUCCAAAUGCAAAUGGCUCAUGCUCUUUAGACUACUCUUUGAAUAACAAGUAAGAUGCAAUCUAGCAAAAGUCAGUCAGGGUGAAAGAGAAUUGGUUGCAAAUGAGGACUUUCCUCCCCAAAUGGACAGUCUUCUCUGUUGAUCACAGAGGGAGCCUGAGUACAGGCUUGGAGAAAUGGCUAGGACAGGGAACAGGGAAGCACUUACAAUUAUUCCUUGAUUUAUUCAAAAGAACUGGGAAAGAUGGUUGUAGUUGUCUUUAGCUUCGGUUCAACUGAGUUUCGUUUUGUUAAACAGUUCAGUGAAGGAGAAAGCACCUGUGAUAUAUGGCAAGUGUCCCCCUGCCCAAACUUUAACAUCAGACCCUCUCACAUCAUAACCAAGCCUCUUUUAUGCUUGUUUGGAUUCGUUUGCCUUUAUAUAUGUUUGAAAAUGACAAUAGAGAGGGUUUUAUCACCCUUUGAAUGAGACAGAGUGGCUAUACUCCACAGAGCUCAGCUGAGUUCACAUUACUAAUAUUUAUGAAAGAAUUUUACAACCAAAUAAUUCCUGUGGUGUGUGACAUAUCUCAUCCACUCUACUCAUUUAUUAAUGUUAUUAUACAGUGGUGGAAACACGUGACAUUUUACAUCAAGUAAUAGAUUUAAUAUUUUCUAGUAAAUAGGUGCUCUUCCACCAGAAAGUAUAAAACCAUCAUAUACAUAUAUAUAUAUAUAUAAUGGUUUUUCUCCUUCAUGAAAAUGACAAGUAAAAAGCAAAUCUGAUUGAGGAUACCUUAAGCUGGCUAGAAGUGUUUGAAUCACAGAACAAUGGAAUUAGCAAAAUCCUUUUUAUAGUUGAUGGAACUGAAUCCAGGGGCAUAUGACUUGCCCAAGGCUACCUUAGCCAUUGUGGGACCCAGAAAUAUCUCCUGCUUCCCAUUGUUCCUCCUUUUCACAUUGUUUUUGCUUCAGAACAUUUGAUGCUCUCUUCCAAAGCAGACCCAUUUGGCUCAGAAUACAAGAGAGCAAAAUUAGCUUUCUGGGAAUUGAUACUCUGUUGAUCUUAAUUAUCCAUCCAAAUCCUGAUCAACAGUGCUUUCUAAACAAACAGCCUUGCUUGUAUUGAGUCAUUGUCAGCUGUUGACAAUGUUGCGUGGAAUUAGAGAUCAAGAGUUGUCCUGACCUUUACCUAUGGACUCUUUGAACCAGUUAAUUUCUGUUUCUGAAAUCUUAACAUUGCUAUAGAAGAAAGUAGUGUAUGCCUUUUUGAAAUUCAUCAUGUAUGGAACUGAGUUUUGUAUGAUCCGUGCCAGUGCCUCUCCAGAAGGGCAGAUCUGAUUACAUGAAUCCAGGAGGGAUGCACCUGAGCUAGUCUGGAUAUAUUCCUUAAAGGAGACAAGAACUUUUUUGUGCAAAAUGAACUUUUGUGUAGUUUGACAUCUGCAUGCAGUGAACUGUCUCACUUAACUUUUUCAACUUUGGGCAAAGAUAUACAUAAACCAUAGAUAAUAGACCUAGAGUACAGCUGUUUUCAUGUUGCGUUAAGCACUGGAAGACAUUAACAAUGACUUACCUUAAAGUAAAAGGUUCCGUGAGGGGUAUUUAGGGCCAUUGUAUUUUUGGUGCCACAAUUUUCUACAUUGUUGGCAUUUUAAAAGUUGUUUUCUAAAUGAACUUAAGGAAAGAAAGCUCAAAGCCCUAAAGUUUUGAUCAAAUUCAAUAGAGUUUUGAGAAAAAAAUACAAUUUUAAGAUAGCACUCUUUAAACUAGAUGUGCAAUGACUUAUUCAAAUUAUCUUUAUUCAAGAAAAGAAAAGAAGAAAGAUAAGUCAUUAGACUAUAAAUUUCCAUUUAAAAAGACAAGUCACAAAACUAAUCAGUGACUCUAAACAAAAAUUUACUGGAUGAAUUGUAUAUAUAAAAUUCUAAUCACUUAUGAUUCUUAGUUAACAUUUUAUAAGCUUUGUAUUUUACAGGGGCCUCUAUUUAUCCAAAUUUAUUGUUUUUGUCCAUUUUUCUCAUCCUUUUGCAAAAAAUAUGCAAGAGUGCUGAAACUUGGAUAAAACGGGUCAUGUAUACAGAGAAAAUAAUCUAAAAGUUAUCUUUAAGAGGGUUUUAGUAGUGUCAACUUUUUUAAAAAGUACUAUGUGACCAUAACAUACGUAUAUUUUAAAGAGGGAUUAAGAUUAAAUUAAAAUAAAUGGAUUCAUAAAAUUGCUAUUUAAAUACAGUAUUUACUUUUGUAAUUGGAGCAUGAUUCCACAACCAGCUGUGGCAUUUCAUUUCACUUUUCUAGAUCAGAGGCUUUAAUUUGUAGUUAAUCAUGAUGUGGAAAGUCAUCUUCUCUCUACUCCAUCAAUUUUUUUCAUCCGUUUUUGAACAUGCUGAAGCACUUUGAUCUUGCCAUAAGUGUUGUCCUAUACCACCAGGUGGUGUUCACUAAUGGGAGGGCCUCAGCUCACCGGCUCUCCAAUUUGGGAAAAAGCAAGUACCUCCUCCCUACCAUCAGCAGAAACUGAAUGAAAUUAAUCUUUGCAACUUGAAUCUGUUUUAAGUAGCAUUACCAAUAAGCAUAGUGAUAUCUGAAUAAGGAAUGACAUUUACAUUACAUUUUAUUAAAUAAGAGAGAAAGUUAAUGUGCUACUUGAAAUGUUAUUUGGUUCUUUGUCCCCCUCUUUGCAGAGUAUAGAUAAGGAUGCUCUUAGGUAAAAUGCAGCCACAAGUUUUCCGAGUUCCUUUAGUCUGUAGGGUAGGCUAUGAGGUACAGAAUGAUUAGAAACUGAAAUCCUCAUUAUUUUUCUCUCAAAUACAUUUCACAUACAUUGAAACAGAAAUAGGCAAAAUUUAUGAGGGAAAUCUGAUUUCCCAAUUCUGAUGAAUAGAUAUACUAAGACAGUAGCCUUGUUUAACCAGUGCCUGUAGAAGGCACUAGAAUAAAUAGCAUGUCCAAGAGUAUAACAACUUUUUUUGUAAAUUUAGUUACUAGCCUAAUCAAACUGUAAAUAUAACUCACUAAUUGGUACCAUAUUUUCAUUUUUCUUAUUGUUCAUCUUUAAGGUUUCAUUUUAUUGCUUUUUUGUAGCUCUAAGUAACUAAUCAAUUUAAUUUCAAAGGAAAGUUAAAGAAAGUUUAAGCUUUUACUGCAUGGAUUCUACCCGCCUAGCUAGGUUCUGAACUGACACUGAAGUAUGACAAGAUACAGAUUAUAGUCCAAAACUAUCCUUUACAGUUCACAAUUUAAGAACAAAUUUAACUUUAUAUACAAAUAAUAAUUGUUAUCUAAUUAUAUUUAGUUGUUGCUUUGGCAACAAAAUUACAACAUGGCUACCUUUAGACAUUUGUGUAUGUGAACAUUUUACUUGUAAACUAUAGGUGAUUUGUGACAGUAUGAGCCUGUAGAAAAUACAGCUCAAAACUAUGAAAACAGACAUGGUUGGGUUCUUUUUUAAUCCCAAAGGCCCAUAUAUAAAAGCUGAAUUUGUGUCCUUGUGUGACUUUUUGUGAAAAAGUUUAUAACACAUGGAUUCUAGAAUCAGGCUUUAUAGUUUAUAGAAUUUGUUGUGUGGAUAGGGUUAUUCCACAGUAUUUAGACUUCAAAACGCAAUCAUUGCAUUUUUAAUACAUUACCUAACUUUUUUUAUAACUUAAUUCAAAAUUACCCCAUUCAAGUGGCAUAGCUGUAGCUGCAAAAAUUCUGUUUUCUGGAAUUACAUGAGCAAAUAUAGCUAUAUGAGGAUUAAUGUAUGACUAAAGCCUCUUUUGAAAUUAAUUCAUAUUUUUAAAACUAUACAUAAAGAUACUGUGGAAUGACCCCUUAACAGUGUUUAAGAAACAUAUGCUGCAGUUAAUUGACUGUCUCAGUUAGGGUGCGGAUGUGUGAGACACACCUUUUUUGCACUUAUGUACAUAGCCCAUGAAAGCAAUCCUUGGAGCUUUUUUUAAAUGUAAGAAGUCUGUGAUAAUAGUGGAAAAGUUAGUAAGAGAGAGUUAUUUCUAAGGCUUUGAAAAGGAGGGUGUUUUUGCUCUAAGACUUAACUAAAGCAUAAUGUUGCUUUGCUGUUAUGGAGGCUUUCUAGUUUGCUACAGGUCACCAAAAGAGAAGGCUAGUAACAGGUAACAGGUCAGCCUCAGCUAACAGCACUGAACAAGAGUAGAAUAACUUCAUCUUUUAACAAGAUAAUUAGCAAAGAUUGUUUGCUUUUUAAAUUAAUCCCCCCUAUAAACACACACACACGUGCGCACACACACGCACACACACACACCGGGCAGUUUCUAGAACAAGUUUUCCUUUUUCAGUGGUUGUAAGCAGUGAAAUACCUCAUGUAUUACAAGAUAGAUAUUACCGUUAUGAUAGAAUCAGAUUUCAUCUUUCACAGAAAGUGAUCAGCUGAUAUAUGUGUCAGUUAAAAUGUUUAUCAAUUAAUAGGUAUUUAAGCGACAAAUUGUUAAUGUUGACCAUUGUUCCUCCUUUAAGAUCCAGUAACCAAAACCAAAUCGGUAACCAUUGAAAGAUGAUAUUUAACAGUUAAGGAUGGCCAGCAUAGGGCAGUUCAUUCCCUUCAACAAAGGGAAAAAAAAUGCUCCUGGCACAACUUUAUAACUGGCUUCAUUUACAUUAUACCUGUUCAGUGGAAGCUGUUUUCUGACCUACCUUUACCAGAUUACAAAGUAGUUAACUGUGCCACUUCAGCCUCCCACUGUUUUGUUUUAACUAAACAGAAGAGAACCAGCCAAAAUCUUACGUAACACAGGAGCUGGAAGACAAUGUUUCAAUCUGACCAUCUCUGCCAAUUUUAGCUCCCACGCCACCUAUAGAUAGCCAGUUAACUUUCUUUUUGCCCCCAGGCAAUGAGGCCUAGAAGAGGUCAAGGUUAGAAAGGUUAAGCAUUUGAUCACCACAGGUACUUGUAGUACCUAGAGAAGGAGCCCAUCCUGGGGUUGGUGGAGUUGGUAUUGCUACUCGUUUUGAUAGUUCUCAUUUACAGAGAAAGAAAAAUAAGCCAAAGCCAGAAAGCAAUCCAAGCCUUACAGUUGUCCAAUACCUCAGGGCCAGUUGGCUAGAAUUUUCUUUUCCCUCAGCCCAUAAUCACUUAGAGUUAGCCAUACAACAAACAGCCUGACAAUCUGACCAGCAUUUCCAUUGAUAUAAAAUGUAAGCAUUCCUUCAUUCUGUAGUUAGGAACUCCAACUUCAGCCUUAUCUCCAACAUAAUUUCCCAAUUUAACCUAUGUACUGAUAUGGACAUUUCUUUGUGAAUAUGCCAGAUUCAAGAAUGUAUUUUUCUAAGGUCAAUAGAGAUAUGACAUUUUAAGUCAGGAAAAAUCACCUAUAAAUUAGUAGGAAUAACUGUAGAAGCAUCACAAAAGAUACCCCAUGAAUAGAUGGCAUGGUGUGCAUGCUGACAGCCACGGGGUCAUACUCUGGAGUUUCAACAUAGAGGCUGUGUUUCAAUAAAUAAGACAAAUUGGGGAAUUAAGUAAAACAAAUGGAUGUAACUGAGGCCCCCCCCCAAAAAAAGCCCUCUAUUACUAACCUCAAGAAAGUAUUUAGUUUGACUAAUUUGUGCAGUUUCCAGCCCUUCUACUUGUUCUUGCCUGUAAGAGAAUCACUAAUACUCAAAAGCUGGAUUAUUGAAGAGAAAUUUUAUCUUUAAAUAGAAUCCAUCCACAAUUAUGGUAUAUGUAAAAAAAAAUGUAUGACUAUGAAAUAAGUCGCAGCUCUUUGCAGAUAUUGCAAAAUCCUUGCUAGGCAUCUACAUCAUAUUAGUUUUUAAAAAAAUACCUCUGUAACAAGACCUAAAAGUAACCUAUUAAGCAGUGCUUUUUUCUCUGAAAACACACAACCUAAAGAUUUAUCUGUCAUAAAACUGCAUGGUUCCAGAGCUUUAUUUCUGUGUAGAGAUGCUAUUUGUUAGUGAUGGAAACAAAUUACUUUGUUGCUAUGUCUUUUGUGUCUAGCAGUUGAGAGAAUGAUAUGACCAUCAUAUCACUGGAUUAUGGGAAUGAAUGCCCUUUUCAAAAUAAACUUAUUUAUUAAUAUUUUAAUAUUAUUUUAAUAUUAUAAUAUUAAUAAUAUUUUAAUAUUAUUGUUGCUGCUUUAACAGAAAAUGAGCCAUUUGUCCCCAUGCUCCCAAAUUACAAUGAUUUAAAUUAAAAAACUUUUGAAGGAUUUUCCUAAAUAUAUUCUUUUUUAAAGGACUAACUUUGUGCAUUCAUAUAACAACAAUUUGGAAUAAUGUGAAAAAUGGAGGCACAUAAUUUGGGUGGAAAAUGGCGAUUAAAAAUAUAUAUAAGAAAAUUAUUAGCCAUGUGUAACAUAUUUAAAUAAUGACCAGAAUAUUUCAUGAGUACCAACUCUUCCCAUAGUAUUUUUCCUCCAAAAUGCAAUAGCUCAUUCCCUCAACUGCAGAUGCUUUGAUUUUUUUUCAAGUUAUAGUGCUGUAGUGCUUGUUUAUGUUUAAAAGUGCACAUUAUGCAGCUCAUUUUAGUAUGCUACUUCUGUUUAUUUUUUGUUCUUCUAAUAAAAUGCAUAAACUUC